GUAAGAAAAAAAAAUGAUUAUACAAACCGUAGUAUGUUUAAUUCAAUUUUCACUCGAUGAAUAUUUUCAAGUAUCUAUAGUUUGAUUGUGAGGAGAGUGUUUACAAUUGGAGUUUUAUAUUCCAUGCAGAAAAAAAUAUGACAAGCCUUUUACCUGAUCUGGACAGCUAAGGGUGUUAGAACUGGGAUUAGGGGGUCAUAUUUGUUUCAUAUCGAUCUAUUUAAGUGGGACGAUUGCGAUCUAAUUUUAUCAAUUUGAAUACUAUGCAUAAUUUAAUCGACAUGUAUAGCUCGUCUGAUUAAAUGCAUUAAAUAUAAAUUAUGCAAAUACAAUAUACACUUAAUAUAUUAAUAUUAGUUGACCGGAUACAAAUAAUUCUAUAUAUAUUACGUGCUAAUUAUUAAACUACGCCUUAAAAUUAUUAUACAAAUUGGUGAUGCAUUAAAUCAAUGUGAUAUGAUUAGUGCUAGACGAAUCAUAUUUGUAGAUAAUAGACAUCAAUCUCUCGUUACUGAGCCAGUCUAUAUUUAUCUCCAAUCCUUUUCAUUUUGGUUGUGAUUGUUGGUGUAAAGUAAUUUUACAGACUUUGUGUGAUGGCAAAAUUUUGAGAGUAAGAAAUGAAUAGUGUAGGCUGGUAGUCACAUGGAAGAGCACAUGGGGAAAGAUACGGUUUAAAGAUUUGGAUCCCUACCCCUUUAUGUCAAUCUCAUCUUAUGCAUCACACUCAUUUUUUAAUUUUCAAUAUGCUAAAAAUCAUUGUAUCAUUUUUUGUAUACAUUCACAUACUUAUCUAUUAGCAUAUUGUGUACUAUAGUCUAUAUCAUUUCAUGGUAUUGUAUAAUCUAAAUAAUUGAACACAUAAUAUAAACAAAAUUCUCAGUUUAGAUAGCUCCAUAAUAAAGUGUAGCUUGAGAUAUCCCGUGAGCUAACCUAUUGAAGAUUAAAUGAAAAAUGCACCUACUAUAAAUACCUAAUUAAAGAGUCCAACAUUGUAGAUCGCUAAAACUGAGAACAAAUAUAAAUUGUCCGGUACGGGCAGGAUCAGCAUAUGGGAUUGCUAUGCACCAACAAAACAAAACAAAUCCAUGUUAUGUCACCUGAUUUUACAGAAUCAAAACACAUGCAACAUCUCCUACACAUGAUCACUAUCCAUGCCCAUCACCCUUCAAUCACUUCAACGACACAAAUUCCUGAAUAAGAAAAAAAAACACACACUAACCCACCUUCAGCCACAAUUUUUUCUAUACAAUAUAAUAAUUUUAUAACAACAAACAAAAUAAAAUUUAAAAAGUUAGCAAAAUCAUAUUAUUUACAUCUAUUAAGUUAGGCAAUCUGCAAAUAAUGAUCAUAUAAAAUUUAAAAUUGUUCGAUAUUUGUUCAAUGCAAGUCCGAUACGAUACCCAUGUGAAACAGGUUUCAGGAAUAAACACAUGCAUAGGAUCGAACCACCACCUUCUGUCAUGUUCCCUCUUCAUCAACUUAAGUUUUGAAAUUAAACUAAUCAUAAUUAUCUCAACCCAAAAGUAUAGCAAGUCUAACCCCACUUGCUGAGGGUAUGCAAGUCAUAAUUUUAAACAAAUUGGGGGCAUAUUCCUGUCCUGUAAUAAGUAUAAAAUGCCUACCCAUUAACGACCACGUUACUUCUUUCUAUAAACGCAUACUAUAACUGUCAAUUAUUUCUAAAUUUGGUCACUUAUCGAUCCAUGGCGGAGCUGGAGAGCCCAGACGUGAUGCCUCAGCUCAUCACCUAUCUGUCUUCUUUGCUUCAAAGGGUAGCUGAAUCCAACGAUCUCAACCCUCCGAUUAAUUCCCAGAAAGUCUCAGUGUUCCAUGGGCUCAGCAGACCCACCAUCUCCAUUCAAAGCUAUCUAGAGAGGAUUUUCAAGUAUGCAAAUUGCAGCCCGUCUUGCUUCGUUGUUGCUUAUGUUUAUCUUGAUAGAUUUGCUCACAGACAACCCACUUUGCCUCUCACUUCUUUCAAUGUUCAUCGUCUGCUUAUUACCAGUGUCAUGGUUGCUGCCAAGUUCAUGGAUGACAUGUAUUACAACAAUGCUUAUUAUGCAAAAGUUGGAGGAAUUAGUACAGUAGAGAUGAAGCAUCUUGAAGUGGAUUUCUUAUUCGGAGUGGGGUUCCACUUAAAUGUGACACCAAACACAUUUCACACGUAUUGUUCUUACCUUCAAAGAGAAGCACUGAGCUUUGUUAAAUCUUCUUCAUUAAACUUCGCCUUAUCUUCUUUACGUUUCAAUGAGGAGUCUGAAACAUCCCAUCAAAAGCAACAACUUGCUGUCUCAUCAGCUGUAAAUGUAGUUAGUCUGUGCUAAAACCAACUUGGUUUGUCUGGUUUUUAAAAUGAUUUUGUAAUGUACAGAUGGGAUCAACUUCUUUCCAGUCUGGAUAUGUCACCAACCUAUUAUUAAUAUUGCCUAUUGUGUUCGCACACAGUUUCAUUUUUGUCA